GCGAAGCAAGUCAACGUCCUUUCGCGGAUCACAGAUGCUGCUGUUGGCGAGCAAUUAACUUUCCUUACGAGCCUGUACUACCGAUUCAGUUUUUUCUUCUAGUGAUUGCCACCACCGCCCUGCCGGAGCAUGGGAGAGAGUACGUAGAUUGUGCCCAGCGACCCUGAUACUCACCGCUCCAGCAACGUCCCGUGCUAUGUCCAAACGGAUUUGCGCCGCAAAUGAUGAUGUCACGCAAAGUGGAAGCGCAAUUGAGCCAACGAAAAAUGAAAGAUCCAUCCCGAGUGCACAAACGUGGCACCAAAUGCUGCUUCAUCCGUCGCCGUCCUCGUCUCAGCUUUCCUAUGGUUCGGAGGCGACCCAGAAUGACGCUGGCAGUGCAUCCUCCACACCGCGCCCUACGGUGCGACAUGGCAGCAAUGCGUUCACCGAGCUGGACGAUAGCGGCUGUAACUACGAUUCCGGUAACUUUUCACUAUCCGAUACGAGUGUGAAAGGCAAGCAAGCGUUCGCUGUUCCCGUGGAUGGCGAUGCGGGGAGCAGCGAACUGCAUCAUCGGUUUGUGCAGUUAAACACGGAGCUGUACCAAGCCAAAACGGAAUUGCUGACGUACAAGUACAAGUGGAACGAAAUACGCAACGAAAUUGGAUUGAGCUGGAGCAAAAAGCUGGACAAACUGGUGGAGGAGAAGAAUGAGCUCGUGAAGGAACUGGAUGAGCUGAGCAAGGAACUUGCCCGCAUGAAACAAGGCGAUACGAGUAACCGUGAAUUGCACCGCUUGCGAUCUGAGCUCACUGAUGUAACCGUCCAAUUCGAGUGCAAGAAACAGGCCAAUAAGGACUUGGUUCUUAAAAUCGCCGAACAGUACGGUGAAAACGAAAACCUAUCGACUAAGCUCGUGAGACUGGAAGGGAUGCUCGCUGAUGGCCGCAGCGAGCUUUUAAGGACGAAGGAAUCAGAAGCAUGGUUUCGUGAGGGGUUGCAUCGGUGCCAAAAUGAAAAUGCCAAACUAAAAGCAGCCCUUUCAGCCACAGCUGAUCGGAUGUAUACAGAGCGAGCCGAAUCGGAAAUAAGACUGUGCGCCGCCAGGGAGGAGUGCAAGAAUGCAAUCAUUAAACAAGAGUCUAAAGAUAUAUCUUCCUGUGCAGGAUGCUCAGAAGUGCAGCAGUUGAGAGAAGAGUGCAGCAAGGAAAUAGCAUCACUUAAGGAAACCGCAGAUCGACGAAUGGCGGAUCUUUCCGCUAGUAAUUUGCGUUUGGAGAAGGAAAAUGAUGAUCUACACACUCUGAUCGAGCAACUCAAUCGAUCGCUUGCAGAUCAUCAGCAGCAGCUCAUGAAAUGUGCCAAAAAUGAAAAAGAAACCCGGCAAGGCUUGCUACGCUUAAUGGACAAUGAAUCAGGUUCACAGUCUAGUGACAGGGAUACGAGGCGGCGCCAUGAAAGCGAAAUCGCGACACUCAGUGCGCAGUUGGCACGCGAGUGUAUCACCAAACGACAGAUAGAGGUCGGCGUGGAACAGUUGAAAGCACAGGUUAAAGUUUUAUCGAUAAACUUUGUCUCCACCUGCCAACGGUUGGCCGUGCAGGAAUGCGAACUGAAAUCCCUUCGCACACGGAAUAGUGAGUUAGAGCAGCGGUUAACUAGCAAUCAGCUGCCCGUGACCAUGUGGACAGCGAAGGAAGAGAACGAGCUGCUGGAGAAUUUUCGAGUUAUUCAGUCGAAAAACUGUAAUCUAGAGCUAAAAUUAGGUCAGUGUGUAAACGAUACUCAAUCGGGAUCGGGAGCUACGGGAUUCAAUCCACAGCUUGUUCGCCAUAGCGAAGCGAUUAUUACUCUGCUUAAACAGAACAUUACGGAGCUGGAACAAAAACUUACACCCAGAGAUUCCAACGCAAGUGCACACCAGUUGGAAAGCAGCAGUAAAAUGUCGUGUCCAAAGCAUGGUUCGAGUUGUCAUGCAAAUGCAGAGAUCGAUGAGGCAAAUAUGCGAGAUCUUCGCACAAUGCUGAAAGCGAUUGAGAGCGAUAAUCAGCGCCGUUUACAGCGUUACGAGAUAAACAAUCGAACGUUAUUGAAGAAGAUUAAGGAGUGUGUCCGAGAACGGGAACGCUGUGAGCAACGGUUCGCCGAGCUGGAGAAACAACACGCCCAAUGCGGACAGUUGCGUUGCGAAAUGGCAUCACAACGCGAGCGCUGUUUGCUGCUGGAAGCGGACCUCGAAUCCAGCCAGCAGGAGGCAACAAUGUUACGGGCUGGAAAGGAACGACUUGUAACCUUAUUGCAGAACAACUGCCGGCUUAUGGCCAACGGUGAUGUUUGGGCUUCGUUGAAGCUGACUUUUAAGGAGCUCCACGAAUUGCAGCAGGUCCACAAGGAGAAUGAACGACUAAGGGAGCAGGUAGAGAUUGAUGCCAAAAAAAUGGCACAGUUGGAAGCAGCGUCAUGUGACUGGAAGCUAGCAGCCGAAGUACAGUCUACGGAUGCCGAUGAGCUUCGGUCGGAGCUGGCCGUGAAGAACCUACAACUCGAGGACUCUCGGCGUACGGUCGAGCGCUUGGUGGACGAAAAUCGAUCGCUACAACAGUCCGCCACGAUGGUGGCCGCAAAUGAGUCCAGCUUUACGCAACAGCUCGACGAACUGACCCGUUUGGUGCGUAUCCAGGAGAUACGGCUGGAAACCGCCCAUGAACGCUUGAAGUUGUACGAAGAUUCCGAACGAAUUUUGGCGGCAUCGAAGGAACGAUUCUUUCACGAUCUGCAAUCACUGCAAGAUGCAAUUCUACAGGAAAAACGCGAAAAGUAUGAGCUCCAGGAGGAAGUUCGAGAACUGCGUAGAAAUAUGGUGAAUGUGGUUGGAAAUAGUUUACAGAAUAUCAACCAAACGCAAUGUUCCAACAGUGGCAGUGGUCAACGGUCUACGGCCAUUACCAGCCCAGAUCUCAAAUCAUUUUCACCAUCCAGUUUGGACAUUGACCAACUGCAGGCGUUGGUGGAAGAGAGUUCCCGGAAAAGCUGUACUCUCAAACCACUAAAAGAGUGCGUGUUUUCCUUGAAACAAGAGAUGAAUAAUCUUAAAGCGGUUAUACUAUCAGAUCAACAGCCACACCGUCCCAACCAGUUGCACGAUGCGCGCUUCCCACUGUCGCUAAUGGAAGAGCUGAACGAUGCGGCAAAUGGAUUUUACGGCAGUAGAUGAGUGUAGGGGUAAUAAGACCCGCAAUCUCUUAGUGUUGUAUAAAAAAUGAUGAUUAGGUUGAGAUGAAAUGUACAAUAUCAAAUAGUUGCGAGAAAGAUAGAGAGAGAGGGAGGGAGAGAGAGAGAGAGAGAGAGAGAGAGAGAGAGAGAGAAAUAUGUGAAUCCUAGGCCGUAGGAACACGUUAACGUUAAACUAUACGUUAAUCUAAAAUUGUAUAUGCCAAUCACUUACUAACGAAGAGUUGUAUGUUUCACGCUUCAUACUAUAACGGAUUUCUAUUUUCUAGUCAAGCUGUAUUAUUCAUACUCUCAGCUGAAUGUUCUAAUGACUACAAUGAAUGUCAACAAUUUAUGUUCGUCAGCAUACAUGUGAAUGCUUAAUAUGUGCGACGUAUCCUUUCCUUCGAAUGGGACAGGUGGUACUGAAAUGGUACAGAAACACAUUCCAUCUUCAAACAUGCAUAAGGUUGCAGUAAUUGCUUUUUGUUAUAGGCUAUUUUGCUAACUUUCAACUAGAGUGAAAGUAUUGUUAAAGUAGAGUAGAGCAACUGUAGCAACAUUAGGGAACGGGUUCAUGCGGGUUCGGGCAAUCAUCAUUCGAUUUCACCUACCAUCAGCCUGAGUGGUUGAACGAUUAAGGAACUUGAGGAAAGCAAUCGCUUUGAUAAGAUUGUAUUUGUUGUUUGUCGAUAAAAUCCCCUCACGUAUUAGUGAUUAUGUGCACUCAUAAAACAGGGUAUCAGAAAUGACAGUAUACUUAACAUGUUUAACUGUUCAACCACGUUAACGAACGGAAAAUUUAUCGGACAAACCCAGUUCAGUAUAAUUAUCAUCUUCGCCAAGCAUUGACACAAAUGAUUCACGAUGCUUUUUGUGUUAGAUUAGAGUAAGCCGUGCGUUAUAUCAAUAACGCAUCAAAUGCUUUAAAUUCGCAAGCACUCUCUGCAGUGCAGUCCAGGCUAUUCUAGUUGAGUUCUGUUUUUUUCUCUCAUUAUUUCUGUUGUUCACGCUAUUUUCUGUGAUGAUGAAGGGCAAAUUAUUUAUUAUUUUUAUUUUUGUUCAUUGGGUUGUUGAAUAUUUGCUAGAUAUUUAAUCUAAAACAUGUCUCAGUUUUUGUUUCACGUGAUUAUCGUAAAACCAACCACUACACAAUAAGCCAAUUGAAAUCUUAUUGGGCAAAAUGUAACUGAUUAAAUGUGUUAAUGUAGAAAGACAAAUAAAGUACGAAAUAGUUGACAUCA